UCUUUGGCGCUGAGUCACACGCAGAGAGGCCGGCAGCGCGGGGCUCCGUCGCUCCCUCUUCCCCGUCCUGGGAGGCGAAGGCAAGCUGCUGCGGGGAGCUCCGGCGAUGCUCGUCUGCGGAGCCGUCCUGGGGCUUUGCGCCCUGUUGCUCGGGGGGGCCCGGGCAGAGCCCAUUCCAGCCACCGUGUGUCCCGGAGGCCAGUCCUGGAGCCCCGACCUGGAGAAAUGCAUGGAUUGCUCUGUGUGCCAGCGCCAGAACAAGAACGACUUUUGUUCCACGUGUGGAGACCCUCAGCUCCCAGAUACUUUCAAUAUGUGGCUUUUAGUGGGAGCGUCACUGGGGGCUGUAGUCCUAGCUGGCAUUAUUGGAGGCAUAAUAAUUUAUGCCCGCUGCCGGCGGCGGGAAAAAUUCACCACCCCAAUUGAAGAGACUGGAGGCCAUUCAGCUCAGGAAUCACUGAUACACUGAAGAUCUUUUGUUGACAUUUCAAAUGCAAGAGAACAAGAGGACAGCAGUUGAUCCUUUCAUUACCUCUGACUUUUCCUGAAGAUGCCAGAAGGACAUUAUUAUCUGCCCCGAGAUUCUGGGGUGUUACACACUUUUGCACGCAUGCACACAUAUUUAGGAGAUAAUGUGAUAUGAGGUCCGAUGGUCACUUACCAUUUCUACAUUUCAGGAAAAAACAAAACACAAGUAUUGGUGGUCCUUUUGAGAAAGCUACAUCCACCUCUCCCUAACUUUUAGGGAGGCAUAAAAGGGAUCUCUUUAAUUCCCCAUGGUCUAGUGCCCCAUAUUGGGGUGGCAUUUUCAUACUGGGAUACAGCUGUGAGAAAACCUUCCAGCUCCCAAUUUCCUCUUGCCAGGAGGCAAUUUCUGUAAGGAAGGUCGCAGCGUCGCCUGUCUUGCUUCCUCCCCUGGAGCAGUCAAGGGCAAAUCUGAAUGUGAUUUUUAGAUUAUCUGUAUAUAGAGACGUAUGUUGGGUGCUCAGGCUCUCUGGAAGAGGAGUAGGGACUAGCCUCUUGUGUGUUGUUCAUAUAUCGGUGGCUGGGCCACAUCAUGAAAACAGCAAAAAGCCACAAGUUAUGCAGGAUUGCAUUAACAUUGGGUUUUCCCUCCUACUUCCCCUGCCUGUGGUGCUCAACUCUUUGAGGAAAACCUAUUUAUAUAUCUUCUGCUCUAAUAAGGCAACUUUAAUUUUAUGGGUGUGAUUUUUUGCAGGCAUGGGGGAGAAAUAAAACCAAGCAUGUCACUUGUUGAACCAGAGUUUGUGGAUUUAAAUAAAAUAAAAAAAUAAUUCUUCAUGAAA